AAUAGUAUUGAAAGGACAUGUUCAGAUUUUCUAUACCAGUCAAUAUGUUUAGCAAAGAUAGGAUAGAUUUGUUAAAUUUUUCUCCAACUAGUCAAUACGCAUGUACCAAAUGUAUCAAGUACCGACGGAUUUCAAAUAUCGACGAAGUACAAGCUGGUGACCAUAUUUGUUUUGAGCGGGACAUGAAAUUCUAUCAUGCUAUCCUUUCUAACAUUACAAGCGUUCCAGAGAGUAGUCGUGUGCAGAUGCACAUCAUUCAUGCAUCACGUACAAACGAGAUGUCACUUGUGAAAAGUUUAUUUGGAAAAGACUUCAAACAGCAUGAUAUUGUAGUUCAAGAUGUUCUCCCGGAACUAGAUGUAGCUUCAGUGGGUCUACACAUAGUCCAAUACGGUCGUCAAACGUAUAACAAUGAAAAGAUAUUAAGACGAGCUUUGGCUCUUGUGGAGAAAACCCGUGGACAAGUAGUACCAGUUGGGUCUCUUUCGUCACAGAAAAUUCGUCCAGAGGCACAGUUUCGCCAACAUGUUCCGGAUGUCACAUCAGGACACUUUGCAACUUGGUGUGCGACUGGGGAAAGCUUUUCAUUUGACGCAAAGGACAAACGGAAAAUGAUCAAAUAUACUAGAAAACAAAAUGGGAUAUCUAUGUUUUUGGAACUAUUUGGUGACGAAGAUCCGGUACAACAGAUUACAGAAACACAUCAACAGCAGUUAUUAUGUGACUCUUGUUUCCUAAAGGAACUUAUCAGGCUUACCAAUGAUCAAAAGAGUCCCGAAAAGACAUAUCGACUUAUAUCGACAAAUGGAAUUGCAUGGACUAAUGAAAGAAAGAUUCCGAGUGGAUUGUAUCGCGUGAAAUAUAAACCAAUCAGUAAUGAAAUUGUUAUCAAGAUCAAGCGUUACAACUCUAACUUCAAGAGGCUUGCAUUGGUAGUUAAAAUUGAAACAUUCGUGUUUAAUCUCACCCCCGGACAGAAAUGUCAUACGGACUGCGAAGUAAAGUACAAAUUCCCGUAUCCUUUUUGGAAGAUUCCGGAAAGAAAUGACGAUAGAUUUUGAAUUCAAGAAAAGUAUGAAUGAUUGGAAGAGAAGCGGCAAGUCUGCUGAUAACAUUGUCUUAUAGCUUCAUAGAAAACAUUUGUUUGAAAAAACAAUAUAAAUUUCAUUGCAAAUUGGUUAAAAUCGAAUUUAUCAUGUAUCAACUAAAUCUUUGAUACAAAAAAAAUGUCAUAUAACGUAAGCACAACUUUGUUGAUAAACUCUUAUUUGCCUGACAUUCAAAAAAUCUAAUGUUGAUUUUCUGUCCUUAUGUGUAAGACAAAAAUCUUUGUAUUAAACAUUGAAUACCUCAA